GCCGGAGCCGGAGCCAGAGCCGAGCGGGAUGGCUGCAGCGGCCGCAGCCGCGCUGGGCCCCUCGGCGCCCUCCCUCUCCAGGGCCGUGUCGGAGCUCUGCCAGAACCCCCGCGAAACGUUCCUGGAGGCGUCCAAGCUGCUGCUCACCUACGCUGACAACAUCCUGCGAAACCCCGAUGAUGAGAAGUACAGAUCCAUCCGGAUCGGCAACGCGGCCUUUUCCACCAGGCUUCUGCCCGUCCGAGGAGCCGUCGAAUGCUUGUUUGAAAUGGGCUUUGAAGAAGGAGAGACGCAUCUUGUGUUUCCCAAGAAGGCUUCGGUGGAGCAGCUCCAGAAGAUCCGCGACCUCAUCGCCGCCGAGAGAAGCAGCCGAUUGAGUGACUCGAAUAAGACCCACAAAGUGGAUUCAUCCAUGAGAGGCACGAGCGAGGCGCAGCCUGUGACGUCGCAGCCUUCGGGCCCCCCCGAGCAAGCUCUGAGCCCCAGCAAAGGCCAGCUCCAGGCCGCAGCCCCCCCCUCUGCGCAGACGGUAAUUCUGGGUACUGAUUCGGCCAUCCUAAAAAUGCUUUCGGACAAAUUUGAGGAUGUGCUUAUCUAUGAAAACGUUUCUCUUCAGAAGAAAGCUUUGACUUGUAUUCCAGUGCAAGAAUUGCAAAGAAGAGUUCAAAAAAAGUUUGAAAGAGCUAAAGAAUUAGAUCAAGAUGCAAGUAUCAAUGAAGAGGAUUUUCUUCUGCUGGAGCUCCUUCAGUGGUUUAAAGGAGAGUUUUUCCAGUGGGUGAAUUCCCUUCCCUGCUCCAAAUGUGGUGGUGACACAGUGCCUCGAGGGGAGCUUCCUCCUGACGAUGAGGAGCGGAGAUGGGGCGCAAACAGGGUUGAAGAUCAUUUCUGUCUCUCGUGCCAUGUCAGUAAUCGAUUCCCCAGGUAUAAUGAUCCUGAGAAACUCUUGGAAACGAGAUGCGGGCGAUGUGGUGAAUGGGCCAACUGCUUCACCCUGUGCUGUCGAGCAAUGGGGUUUGAGGCACGCUAUGUCUGGGAUGCAACGGACCAUGUUUGGACAGAAGUGUAUUCUUCAUCUCAGGAGCGAUGGUUGCACUGUGACCCAUGUGAAAAUGUUUGUGAUAAACCCCUCCUUUAUGAAGUAGGAUGGGGGAAGAAGAUCUCCUAUAUUAUAGCAUUCUCCAAGGAUGAGAUUGUUGAUGUCACUUGGAGAUAUUCCUGUAAACAUGAAGAAGUAAUCUCUAGGAGAACACAGAUUAAAGAAGACUUACUGAGAGAAACAAUCAAUCGCCUUAAUAAGCAGAGGCAGCUGUCCUUAUCAGAGAGUCGAAGGCAAGAACUUCUAGAGAGGAUGAUUGUGGAACUUGUGGAAUUCAUCUCUCCCAAGACUCCCAAUCCUGGAGAACUUGGUGGCCGGAUCUCAGGUUCAGUGGCUUGGAGAGUAGCCCGAGGCGAAAUAGGUUCUGAGAGAAAAGAAACUGUGUUCGUACCAUCUGAAGAUGAGAAAAUGGCUAAACUUUUCCACAUUGUUUAUAAUCCAGUGGAGGACUAUUAUGUCCGAAUUUCAAGUAGUAAUGAAAAAAUUUCCGGAUGGGAAAAUGGUGUUUGGAAAAUGGAGUCUAUAUUUAGAAAAGUUGAAACAGACUGGAAAAUGGUUUACUUAGCUCGAAAAGAAGGAUCAUCAUCUGCCUUCAUCUCUUGGAAGUUUGAGUUUGGGUCAGUUGGGCUUAAAGUUGAUACCAUUUCCAUUAGAACAUGCAGUCAAACUUUUUCAAGUGGAAAGAUACAGUGGAAACUGCGUUCUGAUACAGCCCAAGUAGAACUGGCAGGAGAUAAAGGCCUUCAUUCCUAUCGUGAUUUUUCUGAUGCCACAGAAGUUAUUUUGGAAGCAAAACUAAGUGGAGGGGAUGGUGAUGUUGCCUGGCAACAUACCCAGCUGUUUAGACAAAGCUUAAAUGACCGUGGAGAAAAUUGUUUGGAGAUAAUUAUAAAAUUCAGUGACCUUUAAGAACUUGAACAUUACAGAAAUGCUGGCAAUCAUCAAGGACUUAUCAUGGUCUAAAGUCUUCUGUUGAUUCAAUGAAUGUUGGCAAUUUACCACUGUUCUCCCUGCUGACAGCAUUUUUUUUUUUUUUGCUGGCCAUCAAUCCUAUCACUCUUGUCAAAAUAAUAAAUCUUUAUACCAUGGACCAUAAUGAAAUC